AUGGAUCAGUGUGAGGACAGAGAGGAGGGAGCCCCUCCCUCUAAAACAACUCAAAUGUGUGACACUCAGAGGUGAGAUGAACAUCUUGAACUGGUCAAUCAGAAAAUCAAACCUGAACUUAAACCAAAACCCAGCUGUUUGUCCCUUAAAAGCGACAGCUCGAAGAACUUUUUUAUAAAUUUUCAGUCAGAGCAACCUUCUGCUGCAAAGAGACUCAGACCUGAACAUCAACCAGAACCCAGUGGUGUAUCCCUUAAAAGCGACAGCUCGAAGAACUUUUAUAUAAAUUUUCAGUCAGAGCAACCUUCUGCUGCAAAGAGGUGACUUUUUUUUUUACUCCACAGAGCCGACCAGCAGAGCUCAGAGGCUCCUGGGGGUCAGACUGAUCAACAGCAUCAUGCACAGCUGGACUCCAUCUUUAUGCUGUUGGAGGACAACAUUGUCACUUUUGUGAGAAACGAACUGAAGAAGAUCCAGAAGGUUCUGAGUUUGAAUUACUUAGAAAAUAUAGAGCUUCAUAAGGAGGAAGAGAAUGUGCUGAAAGGUGAGCAUGAAGAACAGAUGGGGAGCAGAGAAGCAUUUGUGAAGAUUGCACUGCACUUCCUGAAGACGAUGAAGCAGGAGGAGCUGGCUGAUCGUCUGCAAAGCAGACUUUUUACAGGAGUUUGUCAACGUAAACUUAAAUCCUAUUUGAAGAAGAAGUUCCAGUGUGUGUUUGAGGGGAUUGCUAAAGCAGGAAACCCAACCCUUCUGAAUCAGAUCUACACAGAGCUCUACAUCACAGAGGGAGGGACUGGAGAGGUCAAUGAUGAACAUGAGGUCAGACAAAUUGAAACAGCAUCCAGGAAACCACACACACCAGAAACAACAAUUAGACGAGAAGACAUCUUUAAACCUGGAAGAGAUGAACCAGUCAGAACAGUGAUGACAAAGGGAGUGGCUGGCAUUGGGAAAACAGUCUUAACACAGAAGUUCACUCUGGACUGGGCUGAAGACAAAGCCAACCAGGACAUCCAGUUCACAUUUCCAUUCUCUUUCAGAGAGUUGAAUGUGCUGAAUGAGAGAAAGUUCAGCUUGGUGGAACUGGUUCAUCAUUUCUUUACUGAAACCAAAGAAAUGUGCAGCUUUGAAGACGUCCAGAUUGUGUUCAUAUUUGAUGGUCUGGAUGAGUGUCGACUUCCUCUGGACUUCCACAAUAAUCAGAUCCUGACUGAUGUUACAGAGUCCACCUCAGUGGAUGUGCUGCUGACAAACCUCAUCAGGGGGAAACUGCUUCCCUCUGCUCACCUCUGGAUAACUACACGACCUGCAGCAGCCAAUCAGAUCCCUGCUGAGUGUGUUGGCAUGGUGACAGAGGUCAGAGGCUUCACUGACUCACAGAAGGAGGAGUACUUCAGGAAGAGAUUCAGAGAUGAGGAACAGGCCAGCAGGAUCAUCUCCCACAUCAAGACAUCACGAAGCCUCCACAUCAUGUGUCACAUCCCAGUCUUCUGCUGGAUCACAGCUACAGUUCUGGAUGAUGUGUUGAAAACCAGAGUGGGAGGAGAGCUGCCCAACACACUGACUGAGAUGUACAUCCACUUCCUGCUGGUUCAGACCAAAGUCAAGAAGGUCAAGUAUGAUGACGGGAAAGAGACGGAUCCAACAUGGAGUCCAGAGAGCAGGAAGAUGAUUGAGUCUCUGGGGAAAUUUGCUUUUGAGCAGCUACAGAAAGGAAACCUGAUCUUCUAUGAAUCAGACCUGACAGUUUGUGGCAUCGAUAUCAGAGCAGCCUCAGUGUACUCAGGAGUGUUCACACAGAUCUUUAAAGAGGAGAGAGGGCUUUACCAGGACAAGGUGUUCUGCUUCGUCCAUCUGAGCAUUCAGGAGUUUCUGGCUGCUCUUCAUGUCUAUGAGAACUUCAUCAACUUUGAUGUCAACGUAAUGGAAAACAAAAAUAAUACUUUUUCAGUGUCUACAGUCUUCAGAAAACCAAGCAGAAAAUUAUUUUUUCAGAGUGCUAUCGAUAUGGCCUUAAACAGUCCAAAUGGACACCUGGACUUGUUCCUCCGCUUCCUCCUGGGACUUUCACUGCAGACCAAUCACAGUCUUUUACGAGGACUCCUGGCACAGACAAGAAGUAACUCACAGACCAAUCAGGAAACAGUCGAGUACAUCAAGAAUAGGAUCAGCAAGAAUCUGUUUGUAGAAAAAAACAUAAAUCUGUUUCACUGUCUAAAUGAGCUGAAUGAUCAUUCUCUAGUGGAGGAGAUCCAACAGUUUCUUCAUUCAGGAAAUCUCUCCACAGAUAAACUGUCUCCUGCUCAGUGGUCAGCUCUGGUUUUCAUUUUAUUGUCAUCAGAAAAAGAUCUGGAUGUAUUUGACCUGAACAGAUAUUCUGCUUCAGAGGAUGCAUUUCUGAGGCUGCAGCCAGUGGUUAAAACCUCCAGUAAAGCUCUGUUGAGUGACUGUAACCUUUCUAAGAGAAACUGUAGAGCUCUGUCUAUGGUACUCAGCUCUGUAUCGUCCAGUCUUAGAUACCUAGAUCUGAGGAACAACAACCUGUGGAAUUCUGGAGUGAAGGUUUUAUCUGAUGGACUGAAGAGUCCACACUGCAAACUACAAACUCUCAGCUUGUCAGGCUGUCUGAUCACAGAAGAAGGCUGUGCUUCUCUGGACUCAGCUCUGAGGUCCAACUCUUCCUAUCUGAUUGAGUUGGACUUGAGCUACAAUCAUCCAGGAGACUCAGGAACAAAGCUGCUCUCAGAUGGACUGAGGAAUUCUUACUGGAGUCUUAAGACUCUCAGAGUGGAGCCUGCUGGAGUCCAAUACUUGAACCCAGGCCCAUGGAGGUAUUCCUGUCAGCUGACGAUCGAUACAAACACAGUGAGCAGAGACCUCAAACUGUCUGACAACAACAGGAAGGUGACACAUGUGGAGCAGGAGCAGCUGUACCCUGAUCAUCCAGACAGAUUUGAUGGUUCCUUGUCUCAGCUGCUGUGUAGAGGUCUGACCGGUCGUUGUUACUGGGAGGUAGAGUGGAAAGGAACCGUUUUUAUAUCAGUGAGUUACAGAGGGAUCAGCAGGAAAGGACACAAUAAUGACUGUGUGUUUGGAAGAAAUGAUCAGUCGUGGAGUCUGAUCUGCUCUGAUGUCAGCGGUUACUCUGUCUGUCACAAUGGCAGAGGAACGAUCAUCUCCUCCUCCUCCUCUUCUGUCUCUAGCAAAGUAGCAGUGUAUGUGGACUGUCCUGCCGGCAGUCUGUCUUUCUACAAACUCUCUGACUCACUGGUCCUCCUCCACACCUUCAAAACAACAUUCACUGAACCUCUUUAUCCUGGAUUUAGAGUUUUUGCUGGUUCCUCUGUGUUCCUGUGUUGAGUUUCAUAUCAAGUCUUAUCCUGUCAGAGAAACACUCUUACUGGUGAA